AUCUGUAAUAAUCGACAUUAAAGAAUCAAUACUCUUUGAAUUGAGUUUAUAUUUUGUGCUGAACAUAACCUAUUCUAGUGUUACUACUUGUUAGUGUCUGUCUGUCUAUAUAACCCUCAUGUAACCUCAAAACCGACUUAGAGACUUUACAAGAACCUAGAAUUGAAAACAAUGGCACAGGCUCCUCAUCUUCUUAUCCGUAUCUUGGCUUCAGCAACAGUCACAGCAAACUUCGCUGGGAAGAUUGUUAGGGAUGUGAUGAAUAAAGGGGAUUUAGGAAUUGUGGAUAAGGGAAAGAAUGAUCUGCAGACCGAGGCCGACAGGUCAGCGCAGCUCUGCAUCAUCGGCUCACUAUCUCGCCAGUUUCCCAAGAUUACCAUCAUCGGAGAGGAGGGCACAUCAACCUGCCAUUGUCCCGAGGAGUGGAUCACGACUACCAGCGACCAGGAAGUGCUCUCACUCUCAUGCCCCGAGCAGUACCAUAACCUCUCCGAGUCCGACGUUACUGUAUGGGUAGACCCUCUGGAUGGUACUUCAGAAUAUACUCAAGGCCUGUUGGAUCACGUGACAGUUCUGAUAGGAAUAGCGGUGAAAGAGAAGGCUGUGGCGGGAGUGAUACACCAGCCUUACUACAACUACCAGAAUGGUGGUGAGUUGGGUCGAACUGUGUGGGGCUUCGAGGGUGUCGGGGUCGGGGGUUUUGUACCCACCAGCCCGCCCAAGGGCCAGCGCAUAAUCACCACCACCCGCAGUCACUCCAACCCCGUGGUGCAGGCAACACUCGACGCGCUCAAACCCGACAAGGUGCUGAAAGUGGGCGGAGCUGGCCACAAGGUGAUGCUCCUGAUGGAAGGUAAAGCGCACGCUUAUGUGUUCGCAAGCGGAGGGACUAAACGCUGGGACACGUGUGCUCCGGAGGCUAUUUUGCAUGCAGCUGGGGGCAAAUUGACAGAUCUGCACGGCAACACUUACUCCUACGCCAAGGAUACCUCUCAUGCCAACUCCGGUGGUGUUCUUGCCACGGCACACUCAGACGAACAUGAUAUUUAUCUCAAGAGUAUUCCAAGUGAAGUUCGUGAAAAACUAAGUUAACUGUAAAGAAUUAUGGGUAAAAUGGUUUUAUUGGUUAGAAUAAAUGUUCUUUAUUUACAAGCUCAUGGUAUUUUAAGCCAGAAAGAUGUUUUUAAGCUUUUUUUAAAAGGUGAUGGCUUCUACUGCAUUUAUGUAAUUUAAACAUCACUAAUAGUUUUCUCAUGAAAUAGAACUCUUAAGAGUACAGUUUUACCAGGUUUUUAAACUUGUUCUGGUUAGGCCUACAGGUAAAAAUCUAGUCUAUAUGUGAUUGGUACAAUCACGAUGAAAUAUAUUGAUGUAUUAUGCUCGAGAUAUAUCAUAUUAUAGUCAUUUUACAGGAUUAACAAUAAAUAGCAAGAAUAACAAUCAAGUAAAUAAAAGUAAUUUUUGUUUAGCUGUAAAAUGGAGUUUAUAAUCUACAUCACGCUACUGAAUCUUUGUGAACUGUAGCAGUUUGAGGCUGCUUUUAUCGCGUUCCCUUUAAUUAACUUAUUAAUUAUAUCUCUCUACUGUACUCCAGGUCCCUCUAUUGAAAUUUUAACCCUCUAUAGUCAAUAGUCAAGUGUGCUUUAUUCAUGAACAUUAAGAACAGAAUUUGCGUCAAAAUUGAAUUAAAAAAACAAUGAAUAUUUACAACAUAAAAAUUUGUUAUCUUCUAUGAAAUGUGCAUAUCUUCUAGUAGUCUCCAUUCAAAAAAUUCAUUUAAAGAGUAGAAGGGAUGAUCUAGAAGCCAGUUCUUAAGAAGAUUACAAAACUGUUGUUUCUUGGACAUUUUCAGGGGGGGGGGAAGAGUCUUCCACAUCUUGGCUGCUGCGUAGCUGGGUUUCUUCUCUGUCAUAGUACAAUGGUGUAUAGGGAGGCAAUAGUUAGCCGAGUGUCUUGUAUUGUAGUUAUGGAACUGAGCUGCGUUCUUCAUGGAAUCAGGUGAUUUCAGGUGUAGGUAUGUGACGACUUCCAAGAUAUACAGAUUGAGCACGGUUAGAAUUUUCAGAUCUCUGAAACUUCUUCUGCAGGUUUGUCUGGGCUGGAGAUCUCCAAGUAUUCUUAUUGCACGUUUUUGUAAUAGGAGUACUCGCUCUAGAUUACCUCCCGCAGUGGCUCCCCAAACUGCAAUACGAUAGCGCAAAUGGGACUCCAACAGGCUGUAGUAGGCGAUUUUAGCUGUUUCAGUACUACAUGUAAUUAUAAAGAGACUUGAGCUUAUCUUGUUACAAAGGGUAUUAAUGUGAGCAUUCCAGCUGAACUUAAACCCAAGAACAUGAACAUUGAACCCCUAUACAUGAACUUGAACCCAAGAAACUAUGAUUGACAAGUUACAAUGUGUGGUUUACACUUGCUUUUUAUCCUAUGACUAUUUUUGUCUGAACUUCCAAAUAACCCGCUACUUGGUCUGUCUGGAUAACUUUAUUUCCAAUCUGCAGCCACUUUUAUUUGUGAAACAACACCCCCUCAGUUCUCUAGCCAUGGUGGACUCCUGUCAAAAAUAAGUUUUUGUGGCUAAACUAAGAACAGUAGUAUCCCAAUUUAUUACAGACACACGGAGAUCUAUCACAAACAGAUUACUAAACGAAAAUCGUCCUUAUAGAUUAAGAUGUAGAUUAGUAGGAAGAAUUUACUGGUUUAAUGUUUUUUUUUUACUGACCAAUAAUAUCAACAACGCAUUCCAUUAUUUCAUACAAAUGUUGACUGAUAAUUCCAAGGACUGUUGUCAGUUAAAAAUUAAAAGUAUAAGGAAGAAUGUGAAUUAAUUCCCCUAAUGCAGCAAACAAAAAAUGGCAUACUACAUACCUUGCUAAAACUACACUACCUCUCCACAUAUGCUAUAAAAGAAGAAAGUCUAACUCUAACUAGUGUUAGAUCAUGAGACUGGAUUACACUAUAUUGGGUAAUUUGUAAACUAGGUGUCUCUGAUGUGGAACAAUGUAAAUUCAUUUGUUUUGAGCUUCUUCAUUGUCUAUGUUUUUUCCAUCUCUUCAGACAAACAUGACUCCAGAUUCCAGGAGUCAAGUAUGUAACAGCAUCAGAUUCCAGUCACUGCAUGAAGAGGAAGGUGAACUGGAGCUAAACUCAACAUUCACAUUAAAUUAACUUCUCCAUCAUGGAUGGCUACAUUGUGUACAAUAAUAUACCUAUUACAGCUGACGAGUUUAAUAAAUCCCCUGUAAAUAUUAAUGAUACUGUAGAUACAAAUAGCGAUAAUGUUAGCACUGCCUGUUCUUUAGAUAUAUUAAGAUUGUUGGUUUUUACAGCCCCUGAUUCUAUGUAUGUUAGUUGAUCUUAGGAGAAUAUUGUGUUUGUAAGUAAGUUAAGCAACUCUAAAUCUAAGGAUGGUUUCAAAUUUUAAAAAAAAGUAAUUGAAUACAUAUCUUGUCCAUUAACAUGCUAAAUUAAUUAAUCAAAUGUAUGCAAAAAAGAGAUUCGAAAUUGAACUAAAAUUAUGUUUUAGAGAGUUUUUAAAACAAGGAAGAAACAUAUGGAUUACUUUUAGAUUCAAGCAAAGCAUUUAAUAUGGUAUCAGCCAAAUUAAAAAAGUAUAUUAUAAGCCUUAGUUUAUACUCGUUGGAGGAAUUCAUGUCAUUAAAAAAGACCAAACUAGCAAAUAUUUUUAGUAAUAAGAUUGGCCAUAUGUAUGAUGGCAUUUUGACACUAUUCUUGUACACUUGAUGUAUUCAAAUGAAUAAAGAUGAUUGAUUGAUUGAUAUCUCAAAUGGUUGUAAAGAAAAAUAACGUUACUAUGGUGUUGCGCACAGUUGUUUAACUGUCUUUGUCAAUUUUGUACCUGUCUGAUCGUUUAUAGUUUGUAAAGAUAGGCGAAGACCAGUCUGGUCUUAAGCAUGUUACUUGUAGAGUGCCCUUGGGUUCUGUUCUGGACCCACUCUUAUUUACUGUUUUUAUAAAUGACUUACCUGACUUUGUGUCUAACAUAACAAUACUGUAUGCAGAUGACACUAAUUUUCUAUUAUCAGAUAAGUUCCUGAUUUGAAUAAUGUAAUAAUUAAUUACACAAGAAUAAGAUCCCAAGUAUACAAUUAAAUUAACAGUCAACCUAGAACAAUUUUUUUUGUGUACGCUUAUUGCUUAAAAAAAUAAAUCAGAUAAGCUUUUAGGAAUCAAUCUAGAUUUAAGGGUUAUCUGGGAUGCUUUUACACACUCUUUCUGCUUUUUUUUACUGUACUCAAUGUUUAUGUAAUAAGCUUGCUAAAUAAAUAAACAAAUAAAUAGAAAAUAUCUGUGAUAUUUAUAAAGGUUUACAAUUGAAGUAAGAUAAUUCCAAAAUAUCACUGUUAUUUUUUUAAUGUUAUUAGUUAUUUUCUUGCCAUGUGUUAAUUUAAAACAUAAUAUACAAUAAAAUUGGUUAAGGA